AUGUUCAGGGAGAAAAGAUCGAUUUCAUUAUCACUAAAUUUGGCUAAUUAUUAUCAGCUUUUAUCGCUUCAAUCAUGCAUUACUGAUGUAUUCCUUGGUAAGGGAUAUUGGAAAUUAAAAGAAUACUUUCAACAGAGAGAGAGCUAUGUUCCUCAAGAAUACGAUCAUCUUCUAUUAUACCAGCUUGAUAGAUCAAUAAAUAAGGAACUGAAUGACAAUAAGUUUCCGUAUGUUUCACUGUUGCUGAGGAGUAUUCAGAGAUUCUUACUGGAUGACCUCACAGAAGAACCUUUGCUAAUUCAGCAGGGGCUGAUCCCAAAGAUGGUUUCCUGGCUUGAAGAGACAGUCAGAUUUCUCACUAAGGAAGAUGAAGCCGCAGACAUAUCCCUGGUUACGGCCAUAAAAGACUUCUUUGACACAGCAGUGAUUAUUUCAAGGAAUAGUAAUCAAGGGAAAACUCAGAUGUUGGAUUCCUUCAUAUUUAGUUUAGGGUUCCUGAUGACAGAAAAGUCGCUGAAUAAUUCGAUUGGGCAGGAGGCUCUGAGGACCUUGAACUGCAUUUUGGAGACUGUACCUCAGGAAGCGAGAAAAAAACUCUGUCUGUUAAAAGGCCCAUGUGAUUUUAUGAAAGACCUUGCAAGGACUAUUAUGACUGCUGGUGAUUAUGACCAGCAGGCUGCUAUUUCUGAAGCAUUAUGUAGACUGGUGUCUGGAAACCCAAGGGAUGACUUUGCACAUCAGUGGUUUGAAGAUGAUUACAUCGCUGAAGCUUUCAAAAAAAUUGACAACGGGGAGUUUGAGACAGACUGUAGAAGAUUUCUCAAUCAUCUAAACAACAGGCUUGGUGACCAGAGAAGGGUCUGUUCAUUUCCGUGUAUCACUGCCUUUGCCGAUGGCCAUGAGAUGAGAAAACCAGAAAAUGAAAAACUGGAGAAAUUUUGGAUUGACUUCAACCUAGGGAGUCAGAGCAUAGCAUUUUGCAUAGAUAAUGCUGAGAGUGCUUUGUGGGAGUCGGUGAAAAUUUUUAAGGAAGCAGUAGACAGUUUCAGCAUCACAGAAACUAAGGACGUGAAGAUUCUCAUUAUAUGCCUGAAGAAGCCUAUGAUUAUCAGCAACAAAGAAGUGAUGAAAAUAGAAAUUCACUUUGAUUUGCAAUUCAACAUAACACAAGUUUCCACUACAGUGUUAGGAGAAGAGAGUCAGUCUAAUUACAAGAAACACCUCUUCUCUGAGAGUUGUGAGGAUUCCAGUAAUACCAGUGAAAGCUCUUGGACCAUUAAGCCAAAAAGGAAACUGUUAAAAUCAUAUUCUAACAGAAAAAAGAAAAGAGUCAGAAGUCAGAUGAAUGUUCUGCCAUUUUCCCUUGCCAGUAGUGCCAGUGAGCUCGAGAAAGACCAAGUUAGAUCUCCAACACUAUUAUGGAAGGAUACCUCAAGGCAAAUUAAAGCCAUAUCUCCAAAAAUUUCUGGGACAGAUUUCCUUGAAACUCAAGGCCCCCGUCUACUUAGUGAGCUGUCUUCCUCGGAGCAGUCAGAAGGUGAAGAAAGUAUAUCUAAGAUUGCAAACCAAGAGUCAUUUGUGACAAGCAUCAAACAGAAGCUACAAACUUUGGAAGAUAGAGAAUUCUCAGAUGGUGGUUCUGUGAUGUCAAAACAAUCUAAAUUGGAAGGGGACGAUGCUCCGGGAAUCCUUUCUUCAACGAGGGAUGAAACGGAUUUGCCAGAAGUUAUGCUGGAGAAGUUGGAUCAUUCUGCUAUCUUUUCAGCCUUUGAAAACAUCACUAAGGAGCUGAAAAAAACCUAUGAGCUUAGGCAGACAAAGGAUCAACUUUCUUCCAAACAAGGAAAAAUACCGGAUUGCCUAAUGAAACUUCUAAAGCAGAUACAUGAGUGCAAAGUGAAUAAAGUCUACCAGUUUCAGAGUUUGGUUCUUCGAGAGUUGGGCCACCUUGGGAAGGAUAUUCAGGCUCUGAAACACAUGGAGGACAAUGCUCUGCCCACUGGCCAAAAGUUCCCCAUCUCUGCUAUAGAGCCACACCGGGACUCUGUGUAA